AUGUGUUUAUCAAUCAUGGAAGAAAAUGAUAUGAAUAAAACAUCUAUUAUCAUAGAGACACAGAAGAGUAAUGACUUUUAUAAAAUUAAGGAUAAAAAACUACUUGAUCAUUAUCCGUUACAAUCAUCAAAUUAUCCAUUUUUAUCUAAAUCAAAAAUAUUGUAUAAUUAUACUAAGACAAGUUUAAAACAGUCAUUAAGUUUGAAUGUAUUACAAUCACUGAUACAGUGUAAAAAACAUGAUGAAUGUUCAUCACUCUACUGUACAUCUGAUAGAAAAUAUUAUAGACGUUUUAAUAAUGAUUCAAUACCAGAUGGAACGAGUUGUAAUAAUGGAUUUGGUAUUUGUAUCAAUGGAACAUGUCAAGUAAUUCGAUUGAUUACGUCUAAUAUUAAGAUGGUUAAUAAUACGGUUUUAUUUUCUAAGGAAGCAUCCUGUGAUAAAAAACCCUUAUUAUCAAACUUGAAUGAUAAAAAAUAUGAUGCAUGUGGUAUUUGUGGUGGUAAUGGAAGUACUUGUUCAACGAGAUCUUCUUUUGCGUCCUUGUCCGAUGAAAAUUUUGGUUAUCGAGUUGUAACAAUAAUACCCAGUAGAUCUACGUCAAUUACGAUUAAAGUAUUGAAAGGACAACGAAAUUGUAUUGCAAACACAUUAUUCUUUUAUAUCAGAAAACCAUUAAUGUUACAAUUACCAACGAAUUUAGUCAACAUUGAUCCUGGAGACUAUUUUGAAACAUUACGUGCACUUGGACCAUUAGAUGAACCUCUAACGGUUAUGUAUCUUUAUAAAGAUUCACAUUCUGGUGUUGAAUAUUCUUACUCAUUACCAAACAGUGUGCUUAAAAAGCAUGGUAUUUGGAUAGUUGAUGAAUGGAGUGACUGUGAUUGUCGAACAGGUCUCAUCUCAAGAUCCAUAAAAUGUGUGGAUGAUGAAAGUGGUACACAAUUGGACGAGAAUGAAUGUGAUCUUCCAUUUAAACCACAAAAAAUUGAACAAUGUCUACUUACUAGUUGUGAAACUAGGCAAUGUAAUGCAACAUGUGGUGUAAAUAGUGUGAGAACGAGAAAUGUACAAUGUGUAUUGAAAAUUAAAAAUUGGGAAAUUACCGAUGAAAAAUUCUGCAGCAAUUUGAUAAAACCGGCUACAGUUGAAAAAUGUGAUCUACAGCCGUGCACUGGACUUGAAUGGUUCUAUACAGAGUGGUCAGAUUGUGUCGGUGGGUGUAGCGAAGACAUAUGGAUGCAAAGUCGUCUGGUAUUUUGUGCUGAUAAAAGUGGAAAAUUAUAUCCCGAUGUCUAUUGUGGCAAUACAACUCGUCUGAAAACAUUACAAUCAUGCCCAAAUUCUCAUCACACCCGAACUACCAUAUGUACACGAAUAUCGGAUCUUCGAGAAUGGCAUGCUGGAGCAUGGAGUGAAUGUUCCACGACAUGUGGCUCUGGAAUACAGCGGCGAGCAGUAUUUUGUAUACGAUUUGCUGGAUCUCUAGCAAGCAAAAUCAAAGAUGAAGCUUGUGAACCAAAUCAUAAACCUGAAGAUACAAAAGCGUGUUCUAUCCAAGAAUGUAGAGGAAGAUGGAUAACUGGACCGUGGGGAAAAUGUUCUAGCAGUUGUGGCAGUGGUUAUCGAUUUCGAACAGCUUACUGUUGGAAAGAUAAUGAAACAACUUUAUUUUCUCAGUUUACGGUGCCAUGUGAACAGACACAGUAUGGAUGUUGCAAAGAUCAUUUGAUAGCAGCUCAAGGACCUAAUCAACAAGGAUGUACAUCAAACUCAUCUACACCAAAAAAUAAAUUCACCACAACAGAUAUUCGUGUCAAUUUGACUAAUCAAAAUCGUUAUUAUCCAGUAUUAUUUAUCGAAGAUGAUGAAAAAACUAGGCAACCUCAAAAAGCGUGUGUACAAUCAUCAUACGGGUGCUGUUCAGACGGUGUAACGAAAGCAGAUGGUCCAAAUAGUGAAGGCUGUGAUCGUGUCAGAUCAACUGAAAAGCCAAUUCAAACCUUUGAGAUCGUAAAAAAUGAACAGACAUUUACCAGUAUUGAAUCAACAACUGGGCCGAUUACAAAUAUUACUUUAGACAAUACAACUGUUGUGUCUACACAAGAAACUGAUCAACACAAUGCAACAUUUCUUAAUGUUAUAUACCAGUUUCACGAUGAAACACUACUAACCACCAAUAAUUUUGAUCACACAACUCCAGUUUAUAAUCCGUGUGUCUCAACACAGUUUGAAUGUUGUCCUGACGGAAUUACACCAGCACUGGGUGCCAAAUUUGAAGGAUGUAAUGAAACUCAAGUGAUGCACGUUUUAAAAGUCAAAGAGCCAAAAGUUAUCUUGAGGACUGUAUGUGAACUGGAAAAAGAUACAGGCACGUGUAGUAAUUACAUAUCAAAGUGGUAUUUUGAUCGUCUUCAAGGAAAAUGUAUUCGAUUUUGGUAUGGUAGUUGCGAAGGAAACUUGAAUCGUUUUGACACAGAAGAAGAGUGUCUCUCGACAUGUGUUCAUCCUAAAGGAAUUGAAGUUUGUCUAUUGCCGAAAGUGUCCGGACCAUGUCAGUCGGGUUUAACGCGUUGGUAUCAUGAUCGAGACAGAAAAAUUUGUCGACAAUUCACAUACGGAGGAUGUAACGGAAACGAAAACAAUUUUCUUUCCGAAGACAAGUGUCGUAAAGCUUGUAAUUCAUCAACAGCUAUUGAACAAUGUGCAUUACUACCCUAUCGUGGACCAUGCAAUGGAGAAUUUAAUCGCUAUUAUUAUGACACAACUUAUGGACAAUGUCGAUCUUUCAUCUAUGGUGGUUGUAUGAAGAACACAAAUAAUUUUCCAACGUACGAAGAAUGUAUAACAGCAUGCGGAGAAUGUAAACUAUUUCAUUAUUCUGGAUGCAAAGGUAAUUAUAACCGGUUUGCCUCAAAAGAAGAAUGUGAUACAUCUUGCUUAACGCUAAAAUCGCCGAGAACAAAUAAAACUGUUGAAAUUGAAGGUAUAUGUCGUCAACCAAUGAUGCGAGGAAGUUGUGAUAAACAAAUAACAAGAUGGUAUUACAAUUCACAUGACCAAUAUUGUCAUACAUUUCAAUUUACGGGAUGUCAUGGAAAUGCUAAUCAGUUUGAAACAGAAGAGGAUUGUAAAAAUUUAUGUAAUGCAAAAGAAAAGGAUGUUUGUACAACUGAGAAGGAUCCUGGCCCGUGUGAUCAAUACAAAAUAUUUUGGUACUAUGAUCAGCAAGAAAAAAGAUGUAGACAUUUUUAUUAUGGUUCAUGUGGACUGUUACGAUUGCAUGGAAACGGAAAUCGGUUUUCAACAGAACAAGCAUGUGAAUUACGGUGUAUAUUAAAACAAAAUGAAAGCACAAUUAACAGCAUAUGUGUCCAUCCGUUGGAUCAUGGUUACAGUUGCAAUACUUCUUCGAAUUCUACAACAACAUCGCCUGUAUUAAAAUAUUAUUAUGAACCACUACGCCAAAAAUGUUCCUCCUUCUUUUUUCACGGUUGUGGAGGAAAUGAAAAUAGAUUUGAUAAUGAACAAGAUUGUAAAGAAAAUUGCUCGACUAAUAUGCCAAAUUUGGCUGAAACAGAUAUAAAUACCAGUGGAGAAGUGUUCGAUGUUUGUGAUGAAGUAAAAGCAUUUGGUACGUGCUCAAAUAGUACAAAACGAUGGUAUUAUGAUGAUUCAGUUGGUUAUUGUGUUGAAUUUGACUAUUCUGGUUGUGGUGGAAAUGGUAACAAUUUUCCCGAUCGUACGUUAUGUAUUGGCGUAUGUGAAAAACGAAAGCGACAUGCAAUCUGUCAUCAAAUAAAAACACCCGGUCCAUGUCAAGAAUAUGUGACACGAUGGUUUUUUAAUAGUGAAACAAAAACCUGUCAAACGUUUACAUUCGGUGGUUGUUUAGGAAAUCGAAACAAUUUCGAAAAUUUUGAUAAAUGUCGAUAUAUGUGUUGGACAUAUUUAAAUGAUGAAGGACGAUCUCAUACACAACAGACCGCUUUAGUCAAACCACUCGGUAGUCAAGCUUGCGCUAAUCUCAAACAUUGCAACAUUCCAUGCCGAUACGGCUUUGAUAAAGAUUCAGACGGAUGUGAUAUAUGUAAAUGUGUCGAUCCGUGCCAAAAACAAAGUUGUCCACUUGGAUAUGAAUGCGUUAUACUGGAUCAAGAUCAAUGUAUUACGCCAAAAUGCGCAUUUCCAAAACUCGAAUGUCGUCCGGUACAACGUACUGAUGAAUCAAAUACUAAACCAGUACUUGAGAAUGAUGGUAUAACAAAUGUUUAUGCUCAAUUUGAAGAAAAUGUAACAUUGCCAUGCAGUUUAAUACAAGGAGAGCCUGUGCCAAUAAUCUAUUGGUAUAAAGAACGUAAUCAGCUUCAAGUACACGAGUUAACAAGUGGUUCAAUAACAAGGAAACUUGAACGUUUACCUAAUCAAUCGUUAUUAAUAAGAAAAGUAUCAUUAGAAGAUCAAGGUUUAUACACAUGUCGUGCUAUCAAUAGUGCUGGACAAGCUAUUAAAGAUAUCCAACUCGAUAUUUAUGAUCCUGUUAAAGUCGAUAUUUAUCCAGUUAAUCGAAACUAUCAAAUCGGUUACACAGCUAAAUUGCAAUGUCGUGCCACAGGCAAUUUUAGCACUGGUUUUCCUACUCCGCGAAUUACAUGGCUACGAAAUAAUGAACCAUUGAUGAAUUCAACGCGUAUGACAAUUUUAUCCGAUGGAACAUUAACCAUUCAUCCAUAUCAGACAAUAGAUUCUGGACCUUACGUUUGUAAUGCAACCAAUAAGAAAGAAACAGUUAGUCACGUUGCUUAUUUAGAAGUUAAAGAAACACGUCAAGAAAAAACAUGUGAUGAUCAACCAACUUAUGCCAAUUGUGAAUUAGUGUUAAGGCAUAACUUUUGUGAUGUUUAUUUCGAUUAUUGUUGUUUUACAUGUUCUCAAGCUGCUGCUGAUUCAAAUCUUCAACCAUCAUCAUCAUCAUCAUCUCCACGUUCACGUCAACGUAUGAUUCGGAGUCCUUAUGAUAAAAAUUAA